UCUUACCAUUUUUUCUUGUUUAAAACAGCCAGGUGGUCAUCAGCAGAGAUUGGGAAGGUCGCUGUGCUGGAUGAAGAUGAAUGGGAUACAAAACACUAUUCCGCCGUCUCUCAAAUACCCAGGUAUUUUUGGUUGAACCAAAACAACGGGACAAUCCUAAUGACCGAGAGACCUCCGCAGGGAACGUACAACCUCAAUAUUACGGUUUCUGACGGUGUGUGGCCAGAUACCUUCUCUACUAUCAAAAUUUAUGUACAAGAGAUUGGAAGUGACGCCUUCCGCAGCUCGGUGUCUCUGAGACUCACAAGCAUCACAGCAGAGGAAUUCAUAGAGAUGGAUGAGUUUGGAGUCAGCAGACGUGACCAGCUCCAGGCCGUCCUGGCAGACAUGGCAGCUGCCCAUCCCAGCCAUAUCCACAUCUUCAGUGUGGUGAACGCAGAGGAUAACGCGACCGACGUGACAUUUUCAGUAUGCGGAGCUGCCUCCUGCCACAAACCCGAGAUCUUACGGAGCUUAUUGACAGCCCAGAGAGAGAAGAUCCGAUCGGUUCUGAAGGAAAGGAAUUCCCAAGUAUCCAUUGAUUUCUGUUCAUGGAUGGGCUGUUUGCAGGAUGGCGGGUGCACAAUCCAUAGCGCAGUCAGCAGAUCCCCGCCUCUCGUGGAUGGAGGUAGCGCAUCUAUAGUCUCAAUUCCCCAAGUCGGAAACGUGUCCUGCACAGAAACAAUUUUACCAGAACUGUUAUUCUCUGCCCCAAAACCCUUGCCUGAAUGGUGGGACUUGCACGUCGACUCUUACCGGUUACAGGUAUCACUGUUUGACUUCGUUCCUUGGGCCACGCUGCCAGCAGACUAA